GGAUGCUGUGGGGAAGAUGGAAAUGUUAUGGAGGUGGAUGGGUCUCAUCCUGGCAGAACACUGGGCCUGACCACGGCCGAGUUAAAACAUGUGUUGCAGACCAAAGAAGAAACCCCAGAAAACCUACUGCUUGAGCUGGAGAAACACGUUAUGGAUCGCUCUAAAGAAGACGAUGGCCUUGAAUCCUUACUGGACAACAUCGUUGGUGUCAGGCAAAUGCUGGAAUCAGCAGGUGAUUCUUGUCCGCUGAGUGACCAAGACACAGAGCCAGUUCUUUCUGCACCAGACUCUCUGCAGAAUUUGUUCAACAACAGGACCACGUACGUGCUGGCCGAGGUGGUGGACGAGCAGCUGAAGUCCAUGUGGUUCUCCCCCUUCCAGGCGGAAGAGAUAGACAAUGACCUGGAUAUGGUAAAAGUUGACUUAAUUGAGCUGUCAGAGAAGGGCUGCAGUGACUUUGACUUGCAAGCUGAAUUAGAGAGGUCGUUUUUGUCAGAGCCCUCGUCUCCCGGUCGUACGAAAACCACCAAAGGGUUCAAACUUGGCAAGCACAAGCACGAGACCUUCAUAACUUCAAGUGGGAAAUCCGAGUACAUUGAGCCUGCAAAGAGAGCCCAUGUCGUGCCGCCGCCACGGGGAAGAGGCAGGGGAGGAUUUGGGCAAGGGAUUCGACCACACGACAUCUUUCGGCAGAGGAAACAGAACACAAGCAGACCCCCUUCCAUGCACGUGGACGACUUUGUUGCUGCAGAAAGCAAAGAAGUGGUGGCUCCUGACGGGAUUCCGCCUGCCAAACGGCCCCCCAAAGUCUCGCAGAAGAUAUCGUCCCGUGGGGGGUUCUCGGGCAACCGCGGAGGCCGGGGGGCUUUUCACAGUCAGAACAGGUUCUUUACUCCACCUGCUUCCAAAGGAAACUACAGUCGUCGUGAAGGUGCUCGGGGCUCCAGCUGGAGUGCGCAGAGUACACCCAGGGGCACCUACAAUGACAGUAGAGGUGGUCAAAGCAAUUUUAACAGGGGUCCCCUGCCACCACUGAGACCAUUGAGUUCAGCAUUUUUUUUUUCAGCAGGUACAUGGUAUUCAUAUGGGCAUCGAACUAUAGAAAAUUCCUUGAAUUUCAUUUUUGCUUUACAAAUGAAACCGUGCAAGGAUGCUACAGACACCUUGAAAUUCAGCAAAUGUUUUAAGCAUAUAUGAACCGUUGUCACUGAGACUGUCACGUACUUGCUCUCGUACGAACCAGCCUGUAAUCCGUAAAACUUGCCGAAUUGAACACUUGACUGCAGAAUCUUAAUUUUGCAUUCAGAUUUUUGCAAUUCAGUUGUCUCCGUAACUACAUGGUAAUUAUAGAGGCAGUCGAAACAAAAAUGCUUGCCUAAAAGAAAAGUGAAAAUUAAAAGGA